GAAAAGCUGGAGAUGCAACAUUCUGAAGGGUACAGGCAAAUUUCUUCAUUAGAAGAUGAGCUUUCUCAAACCAGAGCAGUUAAAGAUCAGUUACAAAAGUACAUCCGUGAACUGGAGCAAGCAAAUGAUGAUUUGGAAAGAGCUAAAAGAGCAACAAUUAUGUCCUUGGAAGAUUUUGAACAACGAUUAAACCAGGCUAUUGAGAGGAAUGCAUUUCUUGAGAGUGAACUAGAUGAAAAAGAAAAUUUGCUGGAAUCUGUACAGCGUCUGAAAGACGAAGCUAGAGAUUUGCGACAAGAACUUGCAGUUAAACAAAAACAAGAAACCGUAAAAAGGUCCAUCAGCCAAUCACCAGAGAGCCAUAAACUGGAUGCAGCUGCGCGAUCCACAUUUUCUGUUCCUGCCACACCUGUGAUGCACAGAGGACCCAACAGCACAUUCACCACCCCAGCUACAACACUUAAGAGAGGUUUGAGUGAUGACAGUUACACUGGAACUCCUCUGACACCAUCUGCACGAAUCUCUGCACUCAACAUAGUGGGGGAUCUACUAAGAAAAGUUGGGGCUUUGGAGUCCAAACUUGCUACUUGUCGAAAUUUUGUUUAUGAACAGAGUCCAACAAGAAUAAACUCUUCUCCCAGUACACGUGCAGGUAGUGUGACUGUGGACAGCAAUGAAAACAGACUGCACAACAUAAAAAUCCCUUCUUGUGAUAAAGGUCUUCCGUCAGAAUUCUUCAAGCAAGUGAAAUUGGGUCUUCAUUACAGGUCAUCAAAAAGGUUAGAAUUUGGUUCAGUGCCUUCAAAUGGAGAAACACAAGCACUUUCAUCUCCACAAGUUAUAUUUAUGUGCCACCCUGUCUGAACGUGCAACAUGUUAACUGUCAUUUUUCGUUAACGACAGUGUGAAGAUAAAUAGCAGUGGGGUUGGCUCCAGUAGCAUCCUUGAAACCAGGGAACUACAAUUGCAAAAGUGUCUGGAUGGAGGUCACCCUCAGGAUUGAAGGAACAGUUAAUUAGCUAAAGUAUGCUGAGGCCAAAGCCAUUAAAAUAACUGAAUUAUGUUAACUUAUUUGUUUAUAAAGAAUACAUAUUUCUUCUGUAUCUCCAAGUUAAACUAUUUUGUACUACAAUGAGUGCUUUGCUCUCGAGGUUAAUUUCUUGUCAUCCAUAUCUGAAACACAAAAUAAAACUGAUUAAGAUCAGUGAUCUGAUUCUA